CAAACAGAAGAUUAGUCCAAAAAAAAAAAUGUCCAGCGGCAACGAGGAAAACAACGCCAGCAGCUCGAAGCGUUCACUGGCCAAGCAGCCGGCUGCAGGCACCGGCAACAACAACAACAAUUACAAUGCAGACCAGGGCCAGAAAAUGGAUGUCGACAUAACCGACAUGGUGCGCAACUAUCGCAACGAGCAGGACGAGCUGUUGAUAAAGAAUGAGAAAUCGGAGCUGCCCAAGCCGCAGGUCUCCGGCGAGAAACGCGAAGACCUGGCCACGGCAAUUCUGAAGCGCAAGGAUCGCCCCAAUCGUUUGAUUGUCGAGGAGGCGCAGAAUGAUGACAAUUCCGUCGUGUCGCUAUCGCAGGCGAAAAUGGAUGAGCUGCAGCUCUUCCGUGGCGACACUGUUAUCCUGAAGGGCAAGCGCCGCAAGGAGACCGUUUGUAUUGUGCUGUCGGAUGAUACCUGCCCGGAUGAGAAGAUACGCAUGAAUCGUGUUGUCCGCAACAAUCUGUGCGUUCAUCUGUCGGACGUGGUUUCCGUGCAAUCCUGCCCGGAUGUCAAGUAUGGCAAGCGUGUCCGCAUUUUGCCCAUCGAUGAUACCACCGAGGGUGUUACCGGCAAUCUAUUUGAGAUCUAUUUGAAACCCUAUUUCCUGGAGGCCUAUCGUCCCAUACACAUGGGCGACAAUUUUAUUGUGCGCGCCGCCAUGCGGCCCAUUGAGUUCAAAGUGGUGCUCACCGAUCCGGAACCUUACUGCAUUGUGGCGCCCGAAACGGUCAUCUUUUGUGAUGGUGAUCCAAUCAAGCGUGAGGAGGAGGAAGAGUCCUUGAAUGCUGUGGGCUAUGAUGAUAUCGGUGGCUGCCGCAAGCAGCUGGCCCAGAUCAAGGAGAUGGUCGAGUUGCCGCUGCGUCAUCCGUCGCUCUUCAAGGCAAUUGGCGUGAAGCCGCCCCGUGGCAUACUCAUGUAUGGUCCACCCGGUACCGGUAAGACGCUAAUUGCACGCGCCGUUGCCAACGAGACGGGCGCGUUCUUCUUUUUGAUCAACGGACCCGAGAUCAUGUCCAAGCUAGCCGGUGAAUCCGAAUCGAAUCUGCGCAAGGCAUUCGAGGAGGCCGAAAAGAAUUCACCGGCCAUCAUUUUCAUUGAUGAGAUCGACGCUAUUGCGCCCAAGCGUGACAAGACCCACGGCGAGGUGGAGCGUCGUAUUGUAUCCCAGCUGCUGACGCUGAUGGACGGCAUGAAGAAGAGCUCCCAUUUGAUUGUCAUGGCGGCCACCAAUCGUCCCAAUUCCAUUGAUCCGGCGCUGCGUCGCUUUGGCCGUUUUGAUCGUGAAAUCGAUAUUGGCAUUCCCGAUGCCACCGGCCGUUUGGAGGUGCUGCGGAUACACACCAAGAACAUGAAGCUGCACGAGGACGUUGAUCUCGAGCAGAUUGCCGCCGAGACUCAUGGUCAUGUGGGCGCCGAUUUGGCUUCGCUCUGCUCGGAGGCAGCUCUGCAACAAAUCCGUGAGAAGAUGGAUCUGAUUGAUCUGGAAGAUGACAAGAUUGAUGCCGAGGUUCUGGCCUCUCUGGCUGUGACCAUGGAGAACUUCCGCUACGCGAUGACCAAGUCCAGUCCGUCGGCGCUGCGCGAAACGGUUGUUGAGGUGCCCAACACCACCUGGACAGAUAUUGGCGGCCUGGAGAAUGUCAAGAAGGAGCUACAGGAGCUGGUCCAAUAUCCAGUCGAGCAUCCCGACAAGUUCCUCAAGUUUGGCAUGCAGCCCAGCCGUGGCGUACUUUUCUACGGCCCACCCGGCUGUGGUAAGACGCUGCUGGCCAAGGCCAUUGCUAACGAGUGCCAGGCGAACUUCAUUUCGGUGAAGGGACCCGAACUGCUUACCAUGUGGUUCGGUGAGUCCGAGGCCAAUGUGCGCGACAUUUUCGACAAGGCUCGCUCUGCCGCUCCAUGUGUGCUGUUCUUCGAUGAGUUGGAUUCGAUUGCCAAGGCGCGUGGCGGCAAUGUGGGCGAUGCUGGCGGUGCUGCCGAUCGUGUCAUUAAUCAGAUUCUAACCGAAAUGGACGGUAUGGGUGCCAAGAAGAAUGUGUUCAUCAUUGGCGCCACCAAUCGGCCCGACAUUAUUGAUCCGGCCAUAUUGCGUCCGGGCCGCUUGGAUCAGUUGAUCUAUAUUCCAUUGCCCGACGACAAGUCACGUGAGGCUAUACUCAAGGCUAAUUUGCGCAAGUCGCCGCUGGCCAAGGAGGUGGAUUUAACGUAUAUUGCCAAGGUGACGCAGGGCUUCUCGGGCGCCGAUCUGACCGAGAUCUGUCAACGCGCCUGCAAGCUGGCCAUUCGCCAGGCUAUCGAGGCCGAGAUACGUCGCGAAAAGGAUCGCGCCGAGAAUCAGAACUCUGCCAUGGACAUGGAUGAGGAUGAUCCAGUGCCAGAGAUAACACGCGCUCACUUUGAGGAGGCCAUGAAAUUUGCUCGCCGAUCCGUUUCGGACAAUGAUAUACGCAAAUACGAGAUGUUUGCACAGACUUUGCAACAGUCGCGCGGCUUUGGCCAGAACUUCAGAUUCCCCGGUAAUACCGGCAACACCUCAGGGUCUGGCACCAAUAUGCCAGUCAACUCGCCGGGCGACAAUGGCGAUGAUGAUCUUUACAGUUAGAUUUCUAGUUUUACGCAAGACAACAACAACAACAACAACAACAACAGCAACAAAAACACAAUUUUUUAAAUGAAUUUUUCCUC